UAUGAAAUCGAUCGAUCGACGAAAGUCAACUUUUUAUAAGACAAAGGACAAUUUGGUUUCAAUUUGGCUACUUAAGGUAUAAACAUUCGUAGAAAUUUUAAAUAAAUUAACAAAAUUUCUAAUAUAGUGAAAUUCUAUCGGUAAAAUUUAACUUGGUUAAAGGCACUUUAUUAUGCCUCUUAAUUAUCUGAGGAAUCCUAUGUACGCACUUUGUCUCUUAGCGGCAUUUUGCGUACGACAACAUAUGCAGAACAAUAGAAUCGAGCAACCGUUAACGAAACGUAUGUCGAUUCAAACUCCGAUAUUGAUAAACACGAAACCCAAUGAAGUGGAUUCAAAAAUAAUAGCACACGCUAAGAACUUCGUAAAUGAUUUUAACAAUAAUUUGAACAAUAUAGACGAACCUGAUUUAUUGAUUAAUUGCAUACAAAUCAUCGCUCGACGGGCUCGACAAAUCAUUGAAAGCAUCCAAGUAACCAUACCAGUUUUAAAGACAGAUUUCGAAGAUUCCGGAUUAUCUUCAUCCAACAUUUUUGAUUCAUUUCUAUUCGCAACAAACAACGUCGGUGUCAAAUGGUUGGCCUAAUAUAGAAUAACACGCAUCGAUGAUCCACUGAAGAGUACGAAACACUGUUGUUUGACAAAGAUUAACAACGGAUUAAAGGGGGGGAUCCGUAUGUGAUCUUUGUCAAUCGAUGGAAAAUUUUGCAAUUGAAAAUGGAAGGC